UGCUUGUAGGUUAGGAUAGUGUCAGGUUUAUUAUUUGUUAGCGUAAUUUUAUAAAAUGCUCCGAAGUGUUUCACGAAUAUUAAGAUUUAACUAUGGACAAAUGCUGGCAGUGCCAUCUAUAAAUUUAGUUAAUAUUAAUUCAAAAGACACACCAAAUAUAGCGUAUAAUGUAAGCUUGAAGGCGAUGCUGUCUACAAGUCAAGUAGCUCUAAAAUACGAGCGCAAAUCUAACAAAGCAACAGAGGAUUUAGACAGCGAUGAUGAACUAGAUGCUGAAUUUAAGGAUGAACGCGAUUCAAAGGUGAUAAAGACCAAUGUAAACUCACUACGAGCGGAUUUGUUGCUAAAAUCUGGACUAGGCAUGGCUAGAAACAAAGUGGAACUAAAUUUCUAUGAGAGCAAAAUUCGUGUCAAUGGUAAAAAGUUGCAGAAAAAAAGCGUGCAGCUUCAAGUAGGCGACGAGAUUGAUGUCAUACGCGGAUUUAGCCAAACGAAUCCAUCACAUCUAGUCGUUGCACGUGUUGUUAUACUCUCGGCUGGCGAACGAGAGGAUGGAUUAAACGUACAUUUGCGUCGUUACAAAUCAAUGCUCAUUGAGAACUACGCUGGAGCGAAUUCCUACAAAUCUUCCGAGCACACUGUACAUUAAACUUAAAUAAACGUGUGAUAAGCUCACUAACGCAUAUGUAAUCUCACAA